CCUUCAAUGUAAAGGUAAUUUUGUACGUGGCCCAAAUACGCUGACUGAGCUCCUUUCCUCCAAAGGAGGUUGUCUGAACUUGAGUUGAAAAUCAAGCCGUUAUCCGCUAAUUGCUGAUGAGUUUCUUUAUUCUCAUUACCUGUCUGCUAGGCAAUGUAUCGCUACUGUAAUGAUAAAUAAGAUUUUGAUUAUUUAAAGAAUUAAGACUUGCUCAAUAUGAAAAAAAAUCUUUAUCCAUAUUUCAAGUCCUUAUAAAUAUUUUUUUUGAAAAAAAUAUUUCUCUCAUGUUUGUGUCUGUUUCUUUUGCUUAAAUCGCGUUCGUUUAUUAAAAUAAGAGCUUAAAGAGGUUUUUGCUUGUUUUCAAUGAGAAAAUUUAAUUGCACUAGUGCGAAAUCUUUUUAUGAAAUCAACUGUGUUUGUGUUGGCAGGAAAUUUACAUUGUCAUCUUGACCACUCGCGACUGAUUGUAUGUUAAUGCACAAGGAAAAAGUUAUGAAGUUUAAAGGCCAAAAGUAUUUUUCGGAGCAAAAAAAAAAGCCCAAUUUAAGGAAAAUAGACAUCCAAAGAAUUGAAAUUUCAUUUUGGUUUCAUUUUGUGAAGCAUUUCUUUUCUCCAACCCAUAAGCAACAGUAAGAGGUUUGCAUUGAAUGCAUUUAUUUAAUCAGCUGCAAAUGUACACAGGAUACACAUAUUAUUUUAAAUAAAAACACUGCUUUGAGCGUGUUCUCUCUCUCUCUUUAAACUAAACAGCGUUGGGCAUCAAUGUGGACAUGCAUUUCGCUGGCCAGCGUGAUUAAUUUGGGACUCUGUGAAUUUUCCGUUCUCGCCGGAAGCUAGGAAACCAAAUGUUUCUUUGAUGAGGGGGCUGUCUUCCUAUAGGGUAUAAAUUGGAAUUGUCUUUUUUACCGCGCCUUUUCAGAGUGUAGAAUAGCUCGGGUGUGAUUUGCCAGUUACUAACAGAGACCGCAAUCAACUACCUGUUAACAUUGAGGAACACUGAGAGAACUUUUCCCGUGGACCCCAUGGGGAUCCUUCACUGAUAUGUGACCGAGCUAGGACUGGAGGCCAAUCAGUUCAAAGAUGGCGGACGGCGGACGGCGUGAGUAAAACUGGUUGCAGAUAAAUAAUGGAUGUAGAUGACAACAAAUCAACUAAUCAAAGCUGCAGCAAGCUUAGCUCAAAAAGGAAGUUUGACUCGGAGACCAACGGAUCGAAGAUCUUGCGUGCUGAGGGUUUUUCUUGGUGGACAUCGUUAUUGUUGGGACUAGAACGAAGCAAUUCUGGAACCGUUAUAAAACGCACUUGUGUUAACGAAAAUAUUACCCACAAAGCAAAGAAGUAACUCUCGAUUUGUGACCUGCAUCAAAAGAGAUACAGAAAGCUUCAGAGACGUGUUGAAUGAUUUUCUCGUGUUAUGUGAGCGGACUAUCUACAAGGAAUUUUCCGUGACAAGGUUCUCUAACAUAAGCUUACAACUUUCAUUUUGGCAGUAUGAAUUCUGCUUACGUUUAUGCGUAAAGCUGUUCCUCUACUUGGAAACACGUACUGAAUUUUAGAUAUAAGCUUACAUCUGAGCAGUAGGUGGCAUCUGCUGCAAGAAGGGCUAUAGAAACAGCUGAUAUGAAAGUCUUGUAUAUUAUUAGAGUCGUUUAAGAGUCCUUGCUUACUUUGUCAUGUCUACAGCUGAAGAGGUUUCUAGUGAAGAGAUCAACUACAAUGUCUCAGUGGAUCUCCCUGAGCCACCAGAAAAACCUUUAGAUAGUGACUGUUGUGGAACUGGCUGUACACCUUGUGUGUUUGACAUUUAUGAUGAGGAAAUGUUAAGAUGGAAAAAGGAAUGUGAUAGAAUAAGAAGUGGAGCAACUGACACAGAUUUACAAACUGGAGAUGAUAUUCAAGUUCUUUCCACUUCAGAGUUUCGAUCAUUUGCACUGGACUCCAUCACCACACUGACAAGAGAUUCGUGCUUGUACAGAUUUAUCAUUCCUGGAAACAGAAAGCUGGGAUUAAAAAUAGGACAACACUUAAUAAUGAGAGGAAAACUGGAAGGCAAGACUAUUACUCGACAGUACACCCCAGUAAGUGAUCAAGACUGUCAAGGUCACUUUGAUGUGCUCAUUAAGGUGUACCCAAAUGGAAAGAUGUCCAGUUAUGUAAGAUCUUGGCAAGUAGGUGACAUUAUUGAAUGGAGGGGGCCUUAUGGAAAUUUUUCUUACAUUCCAAAUCAGUAUCGUCAUCUUGGCAUGCUAGCUGCAGGUACAGGUGUUGCACCAAUGCUGCAAGUAAUUCAAGGUAUUUUGUCCAAUGAAGAUGACGAAACUUUCAUCCACUUGGUCUAUUCCAGUCAAACAUAUGAUGAGAUCUUAAUGAAACACACUCUGGAUGAAAUGAAGGCUUACUGGAACUUUUCAGUGCUGUAUGUUGUUAGCAAGGAAGUUGAAGCUGACCAAUCAAAAGUCAGGUACGGAGAUCACGUGUCUUAUGGCAGGAUUACCCGAGAGCUUGUGUCACGUGAGAUGCCUGAACCGUCACGUGAUGUACACGUGUUGAUCUGUGGAACUGAGUCAUUUGAUAAGGACAUGAUAAACUAUUUAAAAGCUUAUGGGUACACAUCGGAUAUGUAUUUUAAAUUCUAAAUACAUGCAGCGGAAAACGUUCUUUUGAAAAGGAAUUUUUUUUAUCUAUAGACAUACGCAAUUCGUUUUUAACUCUGAACAUACUUACUUACUUACUCAUCCUCUUCAUCCCAGCUGGGACAUAAGGCCACAACUGUAAACGUGGCCAUAAUAGAACAGUGGCUGUAGAACACGCGUUGUGCUUAGACGAUUAGAGAUUUUCCAAGUGCCACGUACACACGGUCGUCACAUCACAUUUUAUUAGGUGUCUUAAUUUUAGUUGAAAAUUAAAUGGAAAGGGUCUUCUUUAUGUCGAGUGAGUUAAGGAUAGCUGGAAAGUCCUUAUGUACACGUCCUCUUACCUUUCGUAGUCAUGAAAACACAUUUUUGUUGAGCCAGCAUACUUGUUGUGAUAUCUGUCUUCAUCUUUUUUUCUUUUGAUGUAAGGAGACAAUUAAAAUUGACUGAAGUUUCA